AAAAAGAACUCAUCCCGUCCUAUUUUCUUGAGACUUGUUUAGAUCUGGCUGGCUAGAGACGGGCCAUAUAUGCAGUCUCCAGGGGCAAAAGAAACCAAAUUUGAUAUUACACCACCCUAGGAGAGUGUUGUACCGCAUUUUACCGCAUUUCUCUGAACAACGUGGGACUUCAGACGGGAAGCGAGUUAAUGAAACCUUAAAACAGUUCCCCCCCCAUGAUUGCAGGGGUCCCGCAAUGAUUACGGCCCGCGUCUCGGACGGCGCGUCUAGCCUCCCAUUCCGCGUAACGGGCCUGCAAAAAAGUUGACAUCACGAGUUGCACGGCACCGCGCGAUUGAUCCAUUGGGUCUGCAACAGCUUCACGAUAACUCAACGAAUAGCACAUAUACGCCAUCAUGCUUUCCCGAACCGUAUUCAGAGCUGCGCGACCAUGCUGUCGCUUCUAUUCGUCCAGCACGACGGGAACUGGCACCGCGCCCCCAAUGCUGCUUAAGAUCCGCAAGGAUCUCAAGACCGCGAUGCAAGACAAGGACAAGAACAAGCUCAACGUCCUCCGCGCGCUGCUCUCGCAAUCCCUCAACGCCUCCAAGACCAACUCGCCCAUCGUGACGGAUAUGCAGAUGCUAGCCCUUGUGCGCAAGAACGCGGCGGCGAGCAAGCAGGCCGCGGCGGGGUUUGUGGAGGCGGGGAGGCAGGAUUUGGCGGAUAAGGAGGCGGAGCAGAUGAGGGUUAUGGAGGAGUAUAUUGGGGAGGUGAAGACGGUGGGGGAGGAGGAGAUUAGGAGGGUUGUUGGGGGGGUGGUGGAGGGGUUGAGGGCGGAGGCGGGGGGGAAGAAGGUGCAGAUGGGGGAGGUGCUGAAGAAGGUGUUUAGUAAGGAGAUGUUGGGGGAGAGGAAUGUGGAGAGGGCGGAUGUGGCGAGGAUUGUAAAGGAGUUGCUGGCGUAG